AUGAAGCGUCCAUCCACAAGCGCCAAUGCCGCUGAAGCUGACAAGAAUGGUAGCGCCAGAUAUGGCGUAGAGAUCAGCGAGUACGCGUUGCCUUUAUACUCUUGGGAGAUAUAUGCCGUCCACCUUGACAUGUUUCGACAUGGCGGCUGUAGUCAAGCGCAUCGACGAGUACCUCGGAGCCGCGCCGGACAGUCACCCAACGACUUCACUAUCACUAGCGGGAAGAAGGACACGGACGCGGAGGAGGGCGGAGCACUGCGGCCGGGGGACUACUGGAAGCAGAUCUACGUCGCCUUCGCUGCCAUCCCGGACGAUGUCCAGAUCCCUCCCAAUGCCUUCUUGGAUGGCUCGUAUCGGUAUCUAGGCCACGCUUGGGACGACUGCAGGCCGCCGGCGGAGGUCGAGUUCGUCGAGAUGUGUCUCUGGCGGCAGAUGCUCACCCAGUACUUUGAGAAGGUGGACCCGGAGGUAUACCGGCUGCUCAAAGCCAAGACCACGCUUAUGAUGCAGUACCGGGUGCACACGGGCAACACGCUCGGGUGUGCGGCGCUGAUCCUGGAGACCGAGGGCCUGGUGUCCAGAGGAGUGGAGGACAACGCGCUCGAGGCAGCGUCCAUAGCGCAGUCUCUGAGCAUGGACAUGGCCAAGGAGGCGCGCUGGGGAUCCUGCGGGGCGAAACGACGGAGACGGUGGCGGGAAAUAGGGUACAGCUCAAGAGGGAGCUGCGCUGGGUUUAUGCGCUUUGCUUCCUUGGGGCUCCAUUAUGUUCCCAUGAUGGACCGGUAUCUCGACCGUGUGCGUGGCAACACCCGGUUCCCCAUCACGAGGGCCAAGGCGCGCAUCCUCGAGCCGUUCAUCAACCGAGCAUACGUCCGUGAGGGAUUGAAUCCCGAUGGACUGCUUUUCAACAAGAUGGAUGGGAUUGUGGCGAUCAAGGUGGCUGGGGUUUCGUACCUACAGUAG